AUGCGGUGCUGCUUUCCUCGACUGUUUCAAGCGGGAGUUCACACGCCUCAUGGGCUGCGAUACAAUGCGACUCGGAUGAAGAACUGGCCAGUCCAGGAAGUGCCACCGAACUUCAAUUUCACGAAUGAGCAGCGCUUCAAGGCAAAGGCAAUGCCACGAGACACGGGCAAGAUCCCGCGCGACUUUUUGCUCUCCGUGCUGUACCGCAACCAGCCUUGUGAAGUGGCUUCUCUCUGGGAGCACUGCAUGAACGAUCCGCAGAUUGUGCUCGACAGCAAGCGGCACCUGCGCGAGGUCCUGCAACAAGCCCGCACGGAGGGGUUCGUUUCGUUUGAGAAAGACGCUGUGACAGACCGUUGGGUGUGCCACUUGACGCGUGAGAGGUUCGAGGAGGUCCGUGCGCUGGUGGGUGCGCGGACAGAGACGCAGGACUUGUACUCGGGCUUGCGCGGCGCGUCAGCGACAGAGACGUCGGCGUACUCGGAGAGUUUCAGAAAGAUGAACGAGGACACGAAGCGGGAACACCUACGCCUACUUUCGGAGCAGGUGGCUGACACCACUGCCCAUCUCCGAAAGUUUCAGCGGAUGGAGAUGGACUACCUGCCGUACACCGACUUGAACGGAAAGGUGAACUUUAUGUGGUGGUACGAGAUGAGCGACACCCGCGGUGCUGCUGCGCUGCCCGAGGCAGAGGUGGAGGGCAGCUCGAAGCUGAGUGAGUAG